AUUUAAAUACCCAAACCCCCGAUCCUGGAAGCCCUCAAACUGGCGAUAGCGAAAUGAGGAAGUGGGCGCUCCCUUCUGCUCUCCUGCUCCUGAUUCUGCUCUCAACUCUCCCCGAUCAAGGUCGGAAGAUACGAGCGAACGCAGAGGAGAGCGACGGAGAUGAGGUCGUGGAUCCUCCGAAGGUCGAGGAGAAGAUCGGGGGUGUCAACCAUGGACUGUCCACCGAUUCUGAUGUCGUCAAGAGAGAGUCGGAGUCGAUCUCUAGGAAGUCCCUCCGUAGUAACGCGGAGAAGUUUGAAUUCCAGGCUGAGGUUUCUAGACUGAUGGAUAUAAUUAUCAACUCUCUCUACAGCAACAAAGAUAUUUUCCUGAGAGAGCUUAUCUCUAAUGCCUCAGAUGCAUUGGACAAGAUCAGGUUCCUUUCUCUCACUGAUAAGGAAGUCUUAGGAGAAGGCGAUAACACAAAGCUUGAGAUCAUGAUUAAGCUAGACAAGGAAAACAAGGUCCUUACUAUUCGGGAUCGGGGUAUUGGGAUGACAAAGGAGGAUUUGAUCAAGAAUUUAGGAACCAUUGCAAAGUCGGGAACUUCAGCUUUUGUGGAGAAAAUGCAGACAGGAGGUGAUCUUAAUCUCAUUGGGCAGUUUGGUGUUGGGUUCUACUCAGUCUAUCUAGUUGCGGACUAUGUUGAAGUCAUAAGCAAACACAAUGAUGACAAACAAUAUGUUUGGGAAUCUAAGGCGGAUGGGGCCUUUGCAAUUUCUGAGGAUACAUGGAAUGAACCUUUAGGCCGUGGAACAGAGAUCCGUCUCCAUCUUCGAGAUGAAGCCAAAGAGUAUCUGGAUGAAUUCAAGUUGAAGGACUUGGUGAAGAAAUAUUCUGAAUUUAUUAACUUCCCCAUAUCUCUUUGGGCUAGCAAAGAGGUAGAUGUUGAAGUUCCAGCUGAUGAAGAUGACUCCAGUGACGAAGAGGAAAAAUCUGAAUCUCCCACAUCAGAAGAGGAAGAGUCGGAAGAGUCAGAAGAAGAAGAUGGUGAGAAAAAGCCCAAAACAAAGACAGUGAAAGAAACAACCUACGAGUGGGAAGUAUUGAACGAUGUUAAAGCUAUAUGGCUUCGCAGUCCUAAGGAGGUUACUGAGGAAGAAUACAACAAAUUCUAUCACUCCAUUGCUAAGGAUUUUAGUGAUGAGAAGCCCUUAGCUUGGAGCCACUUCAGUGCUGAAGGUGAUGUGGAGUUCAAGGCAGUGCUUUUUGUGCCACCAAAGGCUCCUCAUGAUUUAUAUGAGAGUUACUACAACUCCAACAAAUCUAACUUGAAGUUGUAUGUCAGACGAGUCUUCAUCUCUGAGGAAUUUGAUGAACUUCUUCCCAAGUAUCUGAGCUUUUUGAUGGGUCUUGUUGACUCCGACACAUUGCCUCUUAAUGUAUCACGAGAAAUGCUUCAGCAGCACAGCAGUCUUAAGACUAUCAAGAAAAAGCUAAUCCGCAAGGCUCUAGACAUGAUACGGAAAAUUGCUGAUGAGGAUCCUGAUGAAUCUAGCGACAAAGAUAAGACAGAUGCAGCAAGUGAGAAUGAUGAGAAGAAAGGGUCAUAUGCCAAGUUUUGGAAUGAAUUUGGGAAAUCCAUCAAGCUUGGAAUAAUUGAGGAUGCCCAAAAUAGAAAUCGUCUAGCGAAGCUUCUCAGAUUUGAAAGCACCAAAUCUGAAGGCAAACUUACCUCACUCGACCAGUACAUCUCGAGAAUGAAGUCUGGGCAAAAAGAUAUUUUCUACAUAACAGGAAGUAGCAAAGAGCAAUUGGAGAAGUCGCCAUUCCUAGAGAAGCUUAAAAAGAAGAACUUUGAGGUUAUUUACUUUACGGAUCCAGUUGAUGAAUACUUGAUGCAAUACCUCAUGGACUAUGAAGACAAAAAAUUCCAAAAUGUAUCAAAGGAAGGUCUCAACCUUGGUAAAGAUUCGAAGAUCAAAGACCUUAAAGAGACAUUCAAGGAGUUAACCAAAUGGUGGAAAGAUGCCCUCUCAACCGAAAAUGUUGAUUCUGUAAAGAUAAGCAAUCGUUUGGAUGAUACUCCUUGUGUUGUUGUCACUUCAAAAUAUGGAUGGAGUGCCAACAUGGAAAAGAUAAUGCAGUCUCAGACUCUUUCUGAUGCUAACAAGCAGGCUUACAUGCGAGGCAAGAGAGUUCUGGAGAUAAAUCCUCGACAUCCCAUUAUCAAAGAACUCCGUGAGAGAGUUGCAACAAAUCCCGAGGAUGAAAGUGUAAAGCAGACAGCUCGACUAGUCUACCAAACUGCUCUCAUGGAGAGCGGUUUUAUGCUCAGUGAUCCCAAAGAUUUUGCUACAAGUAUUUAUUCUUCGGUAAAGGCGAGCCUAAAUAUUAGUCCCGGUGCCUCAGUUGAAGAGGAAGAUGAUACAGAGGAAACUGAGGUUGAGGAAAAGGGAUCAACUUCUACCAAGGAUUCUGAUACCGAUACCAUUAAAGAAGAAACAGAGGAGGAUUCUUCAUUCAAGGAUGAGUUGUAGUUUGUUAUUAGAGUGAGAUCCUUUUUUCUAGAAGAUUUUGGUAACACUUCUACGAGUUGGAAACUGAACAGAACUGGUGUCAUUUGGUCAGUGUUGUAUUGUAAUGAUGAAUGCUUCAGAUUAAUGCUUUGUAGUUAAACUGAACUAUUAUGGGCGCGGGCGUGAUGAAAUCGCCUUUAAAUAGUUUUAACUAUCAAGCGGUGUUCGCUGGGUUCUUUACUUUGUCGCGGGUAAAUAAUGAAAUCGUCUUCAAAUC